GCCACAGUCCGAGAGUUACUACAGCUGCAGACCGGUUCCUCCUUCAUCGUACAUUUAUGGUGUUCUAUCAACCGGCCAACGACGAUUUACAUAGUGACUGGUGAUCGUCCGGUAAUGAGUGAGUGAGGGAGGUGAAAGACGAUAGUGUGCCCGUGACAAUGACUACCGACAGAGAGCCUCCUGUCACUGCUAAACUCCUUCACCUCGUGUUUCUCUCCACCUUCUGGGGAAUGCAGAUAUGGGUCACCUUUAUAUCGGGCUUUGUUAUGGACAACCAUCUAAACCGACACACGUUUGGCUUCAUCCAGAGCCGGCUCUUCCCGUUUUACCUGCAUAUCGGCUCAGCCUGCGCUUUCUUCAACCUCACCAUCUUCGCUAUGUACCAUCCCAGCAACAUGCUGGAUGACAAAGAGGCCUUCCAGAUCUUAAUUUAUUUUGUGUGUGUGACUGUGGCGGCAGUGAACGCCCAGUGGUUUGGUCAGAUGACCUCGGAAAUCAUGGCGGACAUGCACCUGAUUGAGCAGGCCUGUGGAUUGGGUCAGGACAUCGGACUCUCGUCCAAUCGGGAAGCCUACGCCAAGCUCUGCGAGACGGACCCCAAGUAUAAAAAGCUGAGCGGUCGGCUGUGGCUGUACCACCUGCUGUCCUCACUUUGUAACCUCUGCUGUAUAGUGUGUAACGGAUACAGCCUAUAUUACCUGGCAGAAAACCUCACCACCCUCUGAUGAGCUUCCUGCCUUAUAGUGGAGUUAUACUCCCACAGUGGAAUGCAAAACCUUCGGUUCGUGUCUGUGUGACUCCGGCAGCGACAGCCUGCUCUCAGGUACUGGAUGACUUCCUGACAAAUCUGCUCAUUCUUGUUAUGGAUUGUCUUUUUUAAUCUUUGUCAUGCUAGUUUUAGCAUAGAAUAUGUAUAGAGAAUAUAUUUUGUAAAUGUUAUAGAUAACGGCUGUGGAUAUUUAAAUUAAAAAGAUGUUACACUGCACGCUUGGGGAAUGAGAAAAAAAAAAAACGACACGCGACUUUAAAUGAACAAAAAUGGGAAGUGGAAAUAUAUUUUCUAAACGUUUUCCUUUUUCUUUUUCUUUUUUAUUCUAGAAGUUAUGGUUUUCUGAGCAACCUCACUCUAUCACAA